AUGCCGCGUAUGUUUAACUCUCCUCUUCUCUUCACCUUUCACCUGAGCCUCGUAACUGCUGAGAAUCAAUGCAGGACAGAAGUGAACAUGCCCGGUGUCGCUCUGAGAGGUUUUGUGUUUAAGAACAUGACAGUCACAGCUCCGAGCAGGUGCGAUGCCAAAUGCUUAGGUGAAAUAACCUGCCAAAGUUAUAACUACCACAUGGAGAAGAACAUUUGUGAACUGAACAACCGAACCAAAGAAGCAAGACCUGAAAAUCUUCACUCCAACACUUCGUGGUUUUAUAUCAGAAGAUUAAUUGAAAGAGGUAAAAACUUUCCUAAAAUAGAUUUUUUUUCUCAACUGAAACGAAUUUAAUAUGGUCGUAAAAAGUACUCUUUGAGAAGUCCUAAAACGUAUAACCUUUGGGAGUAAAUGAAAACAAGUUUUUAUAGUUUAUAGGGAGUUUAGUAUUUUCAACUGAGUUGAUAGGCUAAAUUGGCCUCUGUAAAGAGAAUCAAAGCCGACAUUUCGAGCGUUAGCCCUUCGUCAAUCGUUCUGACGAAAAAAUAAACUAUAGUAUGCGUCUCUAAGAAGGUAUUUACUUCAUUCUCAGUUGAAUUACUCAAAUGGAACUCCAGAUAUUGAAAGGGUUCAUUUCAUGCGUCUCGAUCUUCAGUCAUUUGCAUUUGCUAACGGUGUAAUAUCUACUUUCUCCGAUGGAACAAAAAACACUGCGGGUUAUAUGAAAUAAAGCGCCAAUGCAUCUUUCGACUACUGAAAUAGUACUAUCAUUUCUAGAGUCAUAUGCUGUCUGAGUUAAUGAAGUAAAUCACGAUUAACAGCAUGAAUUAAUUGAUUUAUCCGCACGUCCAUCGGCUUUCAGUUCCCCUCGUUUCCAUUCCAGAAUUGGCAGCAUCAUCUUGCCAGGAAGUGAAGGCGAGCGAAGGUCCUGACAUCAUCAGCACUAAAUACUGGCUGGAUCCAAACGAGAGUGGAAAGCCAUUUUUGUUUUACUGUGACAUGAACCGAGAAGGUGAGUCGCCUUAAAUUUAUCAGUAAUAAAGAUAGGGUGCUUCUUUCAUUCUUCCUAUUAGUCCACUUGCCUGAGCCUUGUUAAUUUAUCGACGCAGAGGGGAGAGUGGGUAGGAGUAGUAUAGAGGAUUUAGGUAGAUCACGUGGUUUUCAGGAGCAACGGAUGGGGAUCAGUCGUCUUUCUCCGACAUGAGGUGGAUUACAGGAUAUUGACUACCAAUUAAGUGCUAAUGAGGCGGGGGGGGUUCGUGUUCAUAUGGAUAUGACAGAGCCUCAGGGGAGGAGAAAUCAAAUAAAUAUUAUCGGAACACAACCAAAAUCCUCCAAACCCCCUGCCCCCCCCUUAGGGGAUACAUAAGGACAUAAGGACAUAAGGACAUAAGAACCGGUCCUUUAACCCUUUGACUCCUAAGAUCUCAUUAGUAACUCUCCUUACUGUCUGACAUACAUUUCUCAUGAUGUCAAUUUGAAGAAUUUGGUAUUGGAUCAACUAAUAAUCCCCGAACUGAUAUUUUACUUUAUUCUCAUCACUUGUCUGCUUGAUAUUGUAUUGAUAUUGAAAGGAUAAAAUCUCUCUUGGUCAAUCAUGGGAGGUAAAGGGUUAAGCCAGGAGCCCAUGGGUUCCUGGUUAAGCCUAAAUUUUCAUUUUGUAUGGCUUACUUUGUAGACAUUUUGACUGCGUUCAUUUUAGUUUUGCCUUUCUCUUUACGAUAGAAGCCCCUGGAAUAAUAUGGAAAUUUAAAACUAAAACAAAAAAAAAACCAAAAAUUUACAAAGACGUAGAUAUAGACGUAGAAAAAUUCUUAGAAAAAUAACAACGACAACAACAACAACAAAAACAUACGAAAAAAUGGAUCAAGUUAAUUAUAAUUUUCUUCUUGUAAUCAUGGUACCUUUGAAACAACCGGUGCCGCUCAACUUCUUUAAAGUCCCUAAAAUGAUCUUUCUUUGAGAAGGACAACUUACAGUCAUAACUUAUCUUGCAGAUCCUGCAUCAAACUUCCAGCUUUCUUUUGACGACAAAUCCGUCUCAGAUUACGCACAAUUUUAUAUGGAUAGUGAUUUUUCUCCGCUUAACGCUUUCACCUUGUGUCUAUGGAUGAAGCCUGCUUCUCAAUUGGAUAGUAGUUGUGUUUUCAGUUAUUCACUACCAGACGAGCAAAACGGAAUUCUGAUUUGCGACUAUGUCGAGAGUUUGAUGUUUGUGAUAUACGGCUAUAUGAGGUAAUAGUUACUUUGCGAUAAUAUAUCAUCUACUUGCACGAUCAAUUAGACAACUGGAUAACUGAGGAGCUUUGUAAACAACUAUUAUGGGCUCAAAUUGUAUGAGAGUUGUAAAUUGUAUGGGCUCAAACUGAAGCCUACAAGCGCAUUUUCUGCCUCCUUUUAGCUAAACAAGGUCACGCGAAGGCAUACGGCAAACGGUAGCCGAAAAUAUUUAGAUCAAAGGAUGUAAAAGAGAACGAAAGGAAUCCUCAUAAUGCUUUUUGACUUCUCUGAAUAGGAUGCUAGUAUGGUCUCUCAGCCGGGUUCGCUGUCACAUGAUUUUUUUAAAACACUUCAGAGUACCGCGAGGUUAAGCGUUGUAGGAGCAACAUAUCCACCUUUAACCUAGAAUAAAAUCAGGCAUCUUGACCCAGAAUCUAGCACCAACAGUAAAGUUGGAUUGUCUCCCGAGGUGACAUACCCCAGCUUGAAACUUUGGACAGUAAUUCCCGUACGAGGGCAGUACAGAAUCGAUUACGUAAGCAGUGUGAGAAAAAAAAGCCAGACGAGCCCUCAUGAUAAUAGCUUAAAGAAAAACGGAAGAAAAAGACGGAGCAACGGUCAUAUGAUAAAAUGCUUGUCAUACUUAUUGACUGGGUUUCGUCAGGUUGGUCAAAUAUUUCUAACAUCUGGCUCUAGGUCAUGAGGCACGAAGCUCAUGGUCAUGGGGCACGAGGCAAAUAUUCUCCUGAUCUACCCCUUCACUCGGCCGAUGAGUAUGUAAAAGUUUUGCUCCCUUUCGCCGAAUGCUCUGGCAUGUCUCCCUCACAAAUCACGCUUCUCCCAUCUGGCUAAAAAGGAAAAUUAAAAGAUGCUAAGCUGGGUACUCAAAAUAUUUUUGUCUGUUGUGUUUGCGAGCUCUUUUACUAGUUGCGCUUCAAAACGAAGAAAGUAUAGGUUACGAAAAAUACCAGGGAGGUAAGAAAGAACCCAAUGAAUCAGAUAAGCAGACAAAAAAAAGUUGAUAUAUAGGCCCUUAAAAUAUCAAUAUGACAUAUCAUUAGAUACUUUUUUCCUCUUAAAGAAAUGUAUAUUUGCCCCGUGGUGAUGAAGAGCUGAUUCACAUAUGUUCCGCGUGGGAGAACACCGCUGGAUCGUGGAACUUUUACAUAAAUGGUUCACUUGUGGAAAGUGACCUGGACUUUGCGACAGGCCACGUGAUCGCCAGUAGUGGUAUUUUUAUCUUGGGACAGGAUCAAGAUGAAUUUGGUGGAGGUUUUGAGCAAGAGCAAAGCUUCUUUGGUCAGAUGUAUGGCGUGAAUAUGUGGGAUAGAGUACUGACGGCUGAAGAAAUAACCAUCAUGUCCACAAAUUGUACAUUUGGAGUCGGUAACUUUCUGAGGUGGAGUGACUUCAUUCCCGGUUUGCAUGGGAAUGUCAAACUAACUUCACCAGCGUCUUGUGAGCCAUGA